AGAGACGGGAAUUUGCGGCUUCUAUCAAGAAUCUUUCCCAACAGCACGAGUACUAAACGUUGCGCAAUCAGCAGCAGAUAAUCCAGGACCUCGACCAGUUCGCCAAAAUCUCCCAAUCGAUCAGCGAAUUACACAAGAAUGUCUUGGAAAUCGAAGAAGAGCUUGCGGGUCCUGGGUCAGUUCGGGCCAGUCGAAAGCUGGCCGAUAAUGCAAACCUGUGCUACAAAAUUUUCGCCGCUGUAAAGGUACUUCAAGCGGAUUUAGAAAGUCUGAACCAGCAGCGGAAGGAUGAGGAUGGCGACAAUCUAGUUAGCCUGGUACGGAGCAAUCAGAUGGAAUGUGUGAGAACGGCCUACUUUGAGGCGUUCUGGAAGUUUCGUUCGUUGGUGCAGAAUUACGAAGGAAUUGUUAAGAAGCGGAAACUUGAAGCAUCAUCGCACCAAUCCCUAGCCUCGCUAUCCCAGUUCGACAUCGUACGAUCGAAACCGGUACCGUGCGAAAACUCCGAGGACGCUGACCAAGAAUUUUUGCGACGCCACACCUUAAACGAAAAAGUUCAUCUUCCCCUACAUGCCACAGUCUUCGUCGAGGAGGAAGAGGAGGAGGAAAUCGCGGCCGAAACCCUCAAGGCCGUCCAAGAACGCCAUCAGGACCUACAAGCGAUCGAGCGAAGCCUCAUCGAAGUGCGGGAUCAGUUUGUGCUGUUCUCGACCCUGGCGAUGGAACACGGCAGCAUGUUCAAUCUGACGGAAACCAAAGUUCAGGAAACGACGCACCAUGUGGCGACCGUGGCAGAGGAUAUGGGACAGGCCAACUAUUACUACCGGAAGGUGGGCAGCAAGGAUUGGUUCUGCUCGCACACGACGUGCUGUUUGUUGAUGCUGUUGGCGGUGCUGGUGGCGAUUGCCAUUUGUUUGGCGAUGAAAAAGUUCUUGCUAUACUGAAAUCUACUCCACUUGCAAAAAUGGGGACGCUUAAAGUUCUGUUUUUUUGUUCAUUUGAUUUUAUAUGAAAGAAUUUCCUUAAAUUUGUAUGGAGCGUAGACUUUGGCCAA